AUGGCUGGCUCAAAAGAUCGCAUCCUGAACAAGGCGCAAGCGGACGCCGUUGGCGACGUUCUGAAGACCGAGUUUGCGCCUACUGUCACGAAGCUGGACCCGAAGUUCUCUGGUUAUUCUGCUGUCACACAGUGGGCCGCCGACCGACAAGCACGCCUUUUCAAGGAAAAUCUCGUAUUCCAGAUUGGUACUAUCACUGACGAGCAUAAGAAAGCUGUCGACAGGAAGUUUCGCAAUUAUUAUCGGAAGCUGAAAGCGACUCGCUCUCCCAAACGGUCGACUGGUUCACUGCUCAAUAUCGUCGCGCCCCCCCCUUCAGCCGUGGAACUCUAUGAGGCAGAUGUCCGUGACGACAUCCUCAAGGAGAUCCCCGAAGGAGAUGACGCGGCCUACAAGGCGCGCUUGACAGAGAUGUGGUUUGCCAUUGAUGAGGAGUCGCUCGCUGCGUACGAGGCCAAGGCUGCCACUGGUCGCUGCACUAUCGAGGAGCGUCAGAAGUCGCUCGCUUCCAACUUUGGGUCCGCACUGGAUCAGCUUUGUCAAGAUAAGGCGUUGGGUGGUGUACUAGCCCUGUCGAUUAUCGCAUACCGUGGCGGCGAUGGAAAAUUGCGCUCCACCGUGUUUCACGGUCGCGCUGCUGAACCCGCCCCUCAAUAUGGUGUGGACAAGGACGACGAAGACAAGCUCAAGACUUUCAAAGAGGCGUGGGAUCAGUAUGCAGAUGAUCAUCUUCCGCGUGCUUCCGUACCUUCCGUCCCAUCGUCGAAGAUCGCCAUUCCACAUAACGCCGCGGGUAUCCCCGUAUUUCCCUCGAUAGACCCAUGGUCUCUAUCACCCGGCGCUCUCAUGGACUAUAUUACGGAGUAUAUGGCCCAUUCAUGGUAUUAUGCCCGGAAGUCUCGACACCCCGAUGGUAUACCGUGGAGGCAGAUCAAGGAGAACCCAUCCGCCUUCUACGAUACGCACCGUCACAACUACAUGUGCUUUGAUCAAGCCGCCCUCAAGAAUGCGCCCGUGUUAUACGAUUUCGUUGCGAAGCUACUCCAACAUUGCAGCAUUGUCUCGAAAGAGCCGUUCACGUUCAUAUCCGGACACGCUGCCUCGCGACAAACCCCUUCGGCUUCGGCUUUUACGACCUUAGAGGGGCACGACGGACGCGAUCACGAAGAAUCGGCUCAUAACAGUGUCCACGCGACCCCGGCGUCGGGCUCUUCAUCUAUUACAACACUACACGUUCAGGGAAACGAGGGCAUUGCGUCGACUCUCACCUCUGCAGCGCUCUUUUCAUCGUUUACAACACCUCCAGGAGCCGGCGAACCGUUGCUCCAGUCGCCGCCUGCAUCGCCUGCACACACCUUUCAAGACGGUCAUCAAGAGCCGACUAUGACGGCCGAGUUACCCAAACGCGGUCGCAAGCGGGUUGCGCCCGACGAGACUCUUCCGCCCGCCGAAGCCGCCACGCAAGCUGUCGAUGAUUCGUCUGACCCAACUCCACCCAAACGUCGGAAGCGCGCGAACAAGGCUGACACGGAAGACACAGGGGAGCCGAAAGGCAAUCCUGGCCAACGUCAGAAGCGCGCGCAGCGUUCCACGACCACAAGGAAGGCAGCUCCUGUAGAAGCGGUGCCGGCGAAGCCGAAGCCGAAGCCGAAGGCUACGGGGAACGCGGAUGCCUCGGCGAAGAAGGUGGGUGGGAAAACUUUUCAGGGAUGGGCGCUUGACACGGGUGCUCUCAGGGGCCGCGCGAUCACGUAUGAGCACUAUAGCAAGGUUGGUGGUGUGCUUCUGCAAGAGGACGAUUUCGAUGUGCGCAAGAGUGGACGCGAUCUUCCCGCAAGGGUCAUUGCAGAGAAAGACCCGGCGUGGUUUGUGAAGUGCCAGACGUGGAAGGCGAUUGUGAAGAGAGGCCCUGAAUAG